GGCGGCCCAUCACCAUGGCCCACCGCGCUACAGCAGCCCGCCACCCAUCUCGACAUCCGACCCUUCAGCGAACGAGUGCAAGUUGGUCGACUAUCGCGGACAGAAGGUGGCGGCGUUCAUCAUCCAAGGCGACACGAUGCUAUGCUUACCGCAGGCGUUCGAACUGUUUCUUAAGCACUUAGUCGGUGGACUGCACACAGUGUAUACGAAGCUAAAAAGACUGGACAUAGUGCCGCUGGUGUGCAAUGUGGAACAGGUGCGCAUUCUGCGCGGGCUCGGCGCCAUCCAGCCUGGCGUCAACCGCUGCAAGUUGCUCUCCUGCAAGGACUUCGACGUGCUGUACCGGGACUGCACCACGGCAAGGUGCCUGUCACUGAAAGCGCCCGACAGGUACUUCUCAAGGCCGGGCCGACCUCCGAAGCGUGCUUCUGGAGUGGGCCUCUCGCUGGCGCCCACGCAGUUCCCUGGACAUCCUUUCAAGAAACACCGACUGGAGAAUGGCGACUACUCUCCUUAUGAAAAUGGUCAUAUGAGCGAAAUGGCGCGUCUAGAGAAGUCCCCUCUCCUGGCAAAUGGGUACAAUGCUCCCCCUACGCACCUUGGUCCUAUGGGGUUCAUGCACCACCAGGCACUUAUGUCUCCCGGCAUGCCCCACCAUGGCGUUCCAAGGCCAGACGGCUCCAUCAUUAAAGGUCAACCAAUGCACAACAUGGAAGCUCUCGCGAGAUCUGGUAUUUGGGAGAAUUGUAGAGCAGCAUACGAGGACAUCGUAAAACAUCUCGAGAGGUUGCGUGAUGAACGGGGAGACAUGGAACGUGUGAUGGCGAUGGAUAAAGCUCGUGAAGAUUCUCAUAAUGGUUCAUCUCCAGGCCACAGUCCAGUUUUGAACCUCUCGAAGUCAGGGUCUGGUGACCGUGACAGACCUGACCGGUGCGAACGGGACCGCGGGGAGAGGGGCGAUGGUUCAGUCAGCGGACGCAGUUCUGUCGCCUCUCGUCGCACCCCGCAGCCCCCGCGACUACCCUCUGCCGCCACAGCACAAGCUUCCCCCAGGUCUCAUACGGACGAAAGUGAUGCUGCACUUUCUGACCAGGAAGACCAUAAUGUCAAAGAUGAAGAUGAUGGUGCCGAUCUAAGUGAUACGGAACGCGAGUUGCCGGCAUCAACGUCGCCUGCGCCGGUGAGCUACGCGCAGCAAAAUGUUACACCACCCCCAGUGCAGGUCGUCGACCCCACAGCGGACACCUUGGUCUCCUCCACAGAGACUCUUCUUAGGAAUAUCCAGGGCCUUCUCAAAGUUGCCGCUGACAACGCCCGCCAGCAAGAGAGACAAAUCAGUUACGAAAAAGCUGAACUAAAGAUGGACGUGCUCAGAGAGCGGGAAGUGAAAGACAGCCUAGAACGACAACUUCUAGACGAACAGAAAAUGAGAGUGAUGUACCAAAAACGACUAAAGAAGGAGAGAAAGCAGAGGCAGCAAGUGCAAGAACAACUCGAGGUGGAACUCAAGAGGCGGCAAAAGAUCGAAGAAGCUCUCAAACAAUCCGGAGCACCUAACGAAAUCCUCAGAAUUGUAACUGAGAAUCUGAAUCCAUCUUCACAAGAGACUCCCCGGUCCGAGCGCGAGAAUGGCAACGAGAGCAAACCACCGAGCACGGAACCCCCCGCCGCAUCUCCCCCCUUCCAACGUGACCCGCCGCGUACCCCUGAAAAGCCACAGUGGAACUACCCGCCACCACCCGUCGACAUCAUGAGUGGAGGAGCAGCUUUUUGGCAGAACUACUCCGAAUCCUUGGCUCAAGAGUUGGAGAUGGAACGCAAGUCCCGACAGCAAGCGAUGGAGCGCGAUGUAAAAAGCCCCCUCUCAGAUCGUGCUGGCUAUUACAAGAACUCCGUGCUCUUUUCCUCAGCCACUUAGCUGCCGAGCGCGGGGGCUGACUUCCCCGACAACCCAGACAAAGACGAAGAGAGGAAACCCUUAAUAAGCGUCAAACCCGAGUUCCGGGAGAAGUAGGAUCCAAAUAACACAUGAGCCAGAGAAGAAUGCACGCUAACGCUCCUGUUAGUGUUUCUGGUCACAAAAAUCUUUUGGCCAUUCAGUUUCGAAUACAUGUAUAUUGUAUAUGUUCAACCAGAUUUACAAUCUAUGUUUUGAUGUAACCGAUCUCGACGAAAUAAGAACAAUCGCGUAUUGAGAUUAAGUUGUAAAUAUUGUUAUUGAAAUUGAGAUAAGUAGAUUUCGUGUUGUUAAGCCGAAGUCUCACAAACACUUCUUCCAUAGUGAAAUUUGUAAAUAUCUCUUUACAUUAUUAGAGUAAGUCUUUACAGUUUUAUCGACGAUUCACGUAAUUUAUUCGUCAACAUUUAAUCUUUACAAAAAAGUACCUUGUAAACUUAUCUUUAAAUGCCAUAUUUAUGAGUUAAGCAUCCAACGUUUGUAAAAAAUCAAUGAUCAUUUUUCUGCUAGUAACAGCAUUUUGUACCUACGAGUAUGAACAUAUCAAAAUCAUAAGAUGAAACUAUGAAUGUUACAAUUUUUUCCGAUAUUGAGUGUAACAAAACGGUGGGAAUUGAUCGAAGACUGCUUUUCAAAAGUUUUUUAAAUAAAUCCUUUGCCUUUGCUACUAGUCGAAUUACUUGCAAUGAUUUUAAGUUCCUAUUACAAAACUUUAGUUAACAGGAAACCAUCAAUUUGUGGUCAGUAAAACUUUACAAGAGUAGGUACACUGUUCAAGUCAUUGAUUACUUGUAAAGUAAAUUUAUGUUCAAUAGAAAUAUGUGAUCUUCACUAUCGUGUAAUUUAUUCAAUUUUAGUGCAAUGAUUAGAUGUAACUAAUUCAUAUAACUUUUAUUGCAUAAAAGUGUACUAUAAAUACUUUAAGUUAGUGAUUUUAAAGAUACAUUUUUACAAUUCUUUAUUGACUGAGUACAGAAGAGACAGUUCGUACAAUGUAUAACCUAAGUGUUUUCUUUAAAGUUUCAAAGUAGACGCUCUGUAUAUAGAUAUAUUCGCUGUAUCUCAUAUCCGUAAUGCAAAGUCGAUGUAUAUGGGUAGAUGUUACAGUAAGUGCGGUAGUUUUAACAGUAUACAUAAAGUAUAAAAUGAUAGCGUUAUUUAUAUUGCUUAGUUUACGAGAAGACUUUGAAUGUCUAAAAUAG